CAGUGCAUGCCGCUGCAGCCACUCACAGUGCCUACGACCAUCGCCCGAUAGAGACCAAGCUGCCAGCUUCCCCCUUCGGAAAUGUUGCUUCUCCCUUGCUGCUCUCCGCUGCUGCUGCUUUUGCCAUUCAUUGGCCAGGCUCUUUGUGGCACUGUUUUGCCGCAGCAAAAACUACGGAUUGUGCGCGAUACACGAAAUUUACCCACAGAUUUGUUCAAGCCGGUGGGAGGAGGAAAGUCACAAAUACCCAAUGAAGUACAGCAAGGACAGCCCACAGAUGCUGUGGAGUUUUUGGAGAAAGUCGAUGGCGAAGUCGAAGCUGUCACAGCGUCGGGGGAGUCUUAUCCCGAGUAUCCCCAGUAUAGGCCACAGCCAACCACUUUCGAUAGGAGAAACUUGGAGUCUCCACACAACAAUCGUCGCCCCAAUGCCCAUGUGAAUAACUUUCCCUCAGUGAGUGGCAGAAACAGACAAAGGCAGCGACAGAAUGAUACACUCAUGCAUGAGGAAACAGAAGAAGUCGAAGAAUCGGAGGAAACUGAGAAUAAUCGUAACUAUCCCGUGUAUCCUCAGUAUGUGCCUCCGACACCACCCUCUUUCGGCAUUUUCCAAGGCUCGGGUGCACCCAGAAGCUCCUUCGUUUCUGGCCGCCCUCGUGGAAGACCUAAUGCAGAUCCAUUCUUGCAGGAUUCUACAUUCCCCUCUACAUUCCAUUCCACAUUUCCGCAGCCUUUUCCAUCAAAUCCGGGCUUUUCCGGUGGCAAUCCCAAUGCUCUACCUCAUUCCCCCAUGCGUAGCUCCAUGACGCCCUUCUUUGCUGGGGGUGGCUCUCCCAUUGGCAGUGGCUUCCCAGUUGGCAGUGGCCCACCAGUUGGCAGUUUUUCGAAUAAUUUCCAACGCUCCGAGCAUUACAGCUACAGCUCCGACGGCAAUGGACCGCCGCAGAUCGAGCAUAAUGUGUAUGACUCGAGAAUGCCAAGAUCUGGAUCUGCCUCCAGGAAUUACUUUUAGUUUUUGAAUUGCUUAAAAUAUAUAUAAAUUUUCCCAGGAAA